GCCUUAAUCUUAAAUAGCUUAGAAAAUAGUCGGGCCAAACGAAUCCUUAGACUCCUUAGCAAUUCAUAUAAAUUAAAUUCAAAAAAUAAAAUAAUAAAACUUAGAUAAAAUCAUAAAUCGACAUGUCCCGGUGCUGGGAUUGUUACUAAUCGAAAAACAGCACAAAAAAAGCUCCGGCGACUGAUAAUGGCACCGUAGUGCUGCGGUGCCUACCAUUCUCUUCCUUCGCUAAUUCCAAAACUCAAUCGUUACUUUUCUCUUCAAAUCAUGCGCUCCAAGGACAGAAUCGCUUACUUUUACGACGGUGAUGUGGGUAGUGUUUACUUUGGGCCGAACCAUCCCAUGAAGCCUCACCGCCUUUGCAUGACUCACCAUCUUGUUCUCUCGUAUGAUCUUCAUAAAAAGAUGGAAAUUUAUCGCCCACACAAAGCUUAUCCUGUUGAGCUUGCCCAGUUUCAUUCUGCUGAUUAUGUUGAGUUUUUGCACAGGAUUACGCCUGACACUCAGCACUUGUUCUCAACUGAACUGGCCAAAUAUAAUCUCGGAGAAGACUGCCCUGUAUUUGACAACUUAUUCGAAUUUUGUCAGAUUUACGCUGGUGGAACUUUAGAUGCUGCAUGUCGAUUGAACAAUCAACUGUGCGAUAUUGCUAUAAACUGGGCUGGUGGACUCCAUCAUGCCAAGAAAUGUGAAGCCUCUGGAUUUUGUUACAUCAAUGACUUGGUUUUAGGGAUCUUAGAGCUUCUGAAAUGUCAUCCACGUGUUUUAUAUAUCGAUAUAGAUGUGCACCACGGUGAUGGUGUAGAAGAAGCCUUCUACUUUACUGACAGGGUGAUGACUGUCAGUUUUCACAAGUAUGGAGAUAUGUUCUUUCCAGGAACCGGUGACGCUAAGGAAAUAGGAGAAAGAGAAGGGAAAUUUUAUGCCAUAAAUGUCCCACUCAAGGAUGGAAUUGACGACUCUAGCUUCACUAGACUUUUCAAGACUAUUAUUUCCAAAGUAGUUGAAACAUAUCAACCUGGUGCGAUAGUUCUCCAAUGUGGAGCAGAUUCACUUGCUGGAGAUCGCUUGGGCUGCUUCAAUCUCUCUAUUGAUGGCCAUGCUGAAUGUGUUAGAUUCGUGAAGAGAUUUAAUUUGCCCUUACUGGUUACUGGAGGUGGGGGAUACACAAAAGAAAAUGUUGCUCGAUGUUGGACUGUUGAAACUGGAGUUCUUCUAGAUACGGAACUUCCAGAAGAGAUCCCGGAGAAUGUUUAUAUUAAAUAUUUUGGACCAGAGUUCUCAUUGAAGAUUCCAAAUGGGCACAUAGAAAAUUUGAAUAGCAAGUCAUAUCUUAGCACUAUAAAAAUGCAAGUCUUGGAGAAUCUACGCUGCAUCCAACAUGCUCCGAGUGUUCAAAUGCAAGAGGUCCCACCUGACUUCUACAUUCCUGAUUUUGAUGAAGAUUUGCAGAACCCUGAUGAGCGCAUUGAUCAGCACACUCAAGACAAGCACAUCCAGCGCGACGAUGAAUAUUAUGAAGGUGACAAUGACAAUGAUCAUCAAAUGGAUCUUCCAUGACAUUAGCCCCUAGCUAUAUGCAUCCUUUUGUUGGGAGAGCAGCCGUUUUUUGUGACAAGAAAAACGUGACUAGAUAGAAAUACCUAGUUGUAUCAAGAAAGCAUUAGGACUAAUCCAAGACUCAUUAUAAUACUAUAAUUGUUAGAUUUUUGUUAUUAUUUUGUAAAUUCGCCAAAAACUUCAUUUAUAUUGUUUGGCUAUUUCUUUUGAACCAAUUCCAUUUUCUAGACAUCAGCUAUUCCAGAUAGUAAGUAUCAAGAAUUUGCACAACAUUGGUAUUUGAAUGGGAAAUGCUUUAUGUA